AUGGAGACAAUCGACUAUAUUUCCAUUCAGACCUAUAUCUUUACAACAAAUGCCUUCUCAUUCUCCGACCCAACGUUAUCCUCUAACCUACCUGGAUAUCAAUUCAAACCUAAUAAACCGGAUGGAACCGGAGCAGAUUGUCUAGCUUACUCAAUAGAAGGUGACAUAAGUCGGGGAAUCGAAAACUUUCAAUGCAACUUGGGUCUCACUCCUGAUAACUCAACAUGCAUGAUUGCACAUCUUUGUGGCGCUAGUCCUAUACCAUGUAUCUUUUUGAUCCGUUCAAGUAUGAUAGUGUACACCGCAAUGAUAGUUACCAGUGGGACACCAUCAGCUUUUACUGGAUCCAGUAGUCUCGACUUGGGUUGGGAGGAUUGUUUGAACUAUUGCACUCAAAAUGCCACUUGUGUAACUGUUGGACGGAGUGUUUCAGUUGAAUCAAAGUUCGCGUACAAAAUAGAUAAUGAUGACAUGUUGAGUUGUCCAGCAGAUGACAUGAUAGGAGGAAAGGGCUACUUCUUCGGAACAGACACAUCAACUGGACUCUCAACAUCUGGUCGUCAGAUAUACGAAAACUACACGAUAACCUACGAUUCCUCUACCCAGACUUGGAAUUUCCUGACAAAUGGACCACUAAUGUGUCCUAGUGCCGGCCACCAAAUGUUCCUGAGACCACUGGGACCAUGGUGUAUGAUAUUUUUUCCGAACUAUGGAUGUCAAGACUAUGAAAAGAUUGUAAGUAUUUGCGGCGCUUCAGUCAAUAAAUAUCUCAGCGGAAUCGAGUCACCAGAGGAGUUUGAAUGGGUUCGAGCGCGAGCGUUGGAUGCAGGAUGGUUCAACUCUACUGUUAGACUCAAUGCUGCCUGGGUUUCCGGCGCUCGGAAAACUGAAUGUAUUGGGAAUGCAAGUUGUUCAGGUUUGAGUGCUUUCUCAUUCGGCGACCCAUUACUAUCUGAAAACCCAACUGGCUACAUUUUCAAACCAGGAAAACCGGAUGGUUCUGUUGCCGAUUGUCUUGCAUUUCGAGUUUUCAGUGAUCGCUCAUAUGCAAUUGAUAACAUUUUAUGCACCGCCACCAAUACCACAGAUGUUUGUAUGGGCGGUGAAGUUUGUGGCAUCCAGCCUUCAUAA